AUGAUCUCUUUGAGCAAUUUACGUGACAAAAUGACGAAAUUACGUAAUAGAUUAUUAAUUAAUGAGAUUACCAAAUUGUACGGCUAUAACCAUUACCGUGGACACGCACUUCUCUCCGCGCUUUUAAAAUGUGUCCCCCAGCUUUACGCUGCGCUUUCGUUCCUGUUGUAUAACGUUUCCGAUAAUUACGAGAGCGUUGGUGGUGGGCAGUGGGCCAAUUACAAUAUUGGCCCUCAUGAGUCAAACGAUCUUCAUAAAUAUCUCACAUCUUCGACAGCCAGUGGCUACAACGGUAUUGUCCCCGGGGGAUUCCAAGACAAAGAGUUAAAAGUUCAGAAGGGUAGCGAUUUGGUUGAGGCUUUAAAAGGAGCCAUCACUCGUGACGGUAAGAGUAAACCAGUUAAGGGCAAAGAGCCACAAGGACUUCUGAAUCAUUUUACUAACGUCUUGGUUACUACGCUGAAUAGACCUUGGCAAGAUGUCAACACUGGAAACGCUUUGCUUCUGUUGCGCGCUUUUCAGGAGAUAGUUCUUGAAGAGGUGGACCAACAAAACGGUGGUGAGCCAAAAAAGGCUUUGGAUGAAGACAUUAAGCCUCGUAAAGUAUGCUGGAGAGAUUUGCGCAAACAUUUCGCCGGAUCUCAGGUUCCAUUUAGCAAUGUUUUUAACGAUGGGGGAUUUGGAUUCAUCGGACAGGUAUCAACCAUUACAAAGAAGAAGGAAUUUGCUGACGCAUUUUCGAAGUGGUUUAGAGCAAAUUACCAACAUAUUAAAAACAAUUUACUGAAAAUGAGUGGGAGAAUCGACCAUUCGGAUAUCCAUUCAUUUGCCAAAACGAGAUUGUAUCCCUACGGCCUGAUUUUCAAAUAUGGAGGAACAAACCAGUGGGCACGCACGCUAGAAACCCAUUGGGACAGUGUCAUCUCUAUGUUUCAUGCUAAGGGUCACGAAUUGGAACGGCUUAAGGACAUUUUAGAAGGAAAGCAUACAAUUUUAUGUCGCGAGACUAAGGAGAGUAAAACGAGGGCUGCAAAGCCUAAAACACCUCAGUUGCCUCCGGCUAAGGUUCCCGAAGUUCCUAAAAAGCCUGUGCCCCCAAAGAAAUCUGAGGGAGCGCAAAAUCGGAGCAAGAAAGCUGAUGGAACUCCAAAUCAUAAUAAUGCUCAAAGUGUACAACAUCAUCCAGGUAAGGUUGGCAAAGAUUCUCCUGACCCUAAGAUUACCGGUGGUAAAGGAGAGGUAAGUCCGCACGGGCCUCUACCAGAGAAAGGUUCAUUGGGGCAUAAACUUCCAGUGGUUCCGGCGCCUUCUCCGGUUCAAGUUCCAAAAGGUCAGAAUAAUACUCAGCAUCAACAAAAUGGUAUUCAAGUUCCGUCAGUGAUUUCCCCUCCAGGUUCACCUCCUAGUGUUCGUGGGGUACCGGGUUUAGCUGGCGCGCCAAGUGUUUCGAGUAAGGGUCCACCGACCAACAUUCCUACUCAACAGCCUAGUCUUCCUGUACAAACUGCACUAACUCCUUCUCCAACUGUUUCGCGUUCGGACUCUGGGUCAUCCGGUGCCUCUUAUCCCGAUAGUGGUCAGGGAAGGGAUGUAGAGUCGUCUCCUUCCCCUACUCUAUUAGCAACCCAAGCCACCACAACAGCUACAGAAGCCAAUUCGGGCGCCGCUACGAGUGCUGCUGUUCCAUCAAUUGGUUCAACUGAUGACGAAGCUAUAGGAGGGCAGCUAGGGUCUCAAGGUUCACCCAGUAAAAACCCUGUUGAACGUAUGUCGCCCGGUGAUAAAGUAGUUGUAGGCCCCGCAGUGCUUGAACCCCCACCGGGAAGUGUACCUGAAUCCCUACCUCCCCCAGUCCAACCUCAGCCUCCUUUUCCCCCAUCUCUGUCAUCUUAUAGUUCAUCGUCGCUGCAUAAUUUGAAGCAUCCGAGUCCAACAGAUGGACAGAGAGAACAAAGGCAGCCAAUGCCUCCUGCUAGGCCUCCUUCUAGCGAUCCUAACGCGUCUAGAUCAGGUGGUGCGCCAGGAGAGCAGGGCUUGAAUUCAUCGGUAGGUGUCGGUAAGCCAAGGGAUGAUCUGUCACACGAAAUUCCCAAAUCUCCUCCAGAUCCUUUGCCAACUCAAGUUACAAGUGUCCGAAGUUCGGAAGGUGAGUCAUUUAGUGUCCGUGGUUCCAUCGGUGGAUCUGGCGAUUGUGACGGUUUGCCUAAGAAUGCGACCCAGGGUGAAGUGACUUCUUCCACCUCGCAUGUUCCAUCUGUCGAUCAUACGGGACAUGCUUCCCAAAGUCCAAAAACCCAAAGCCCUCAAUCAAUUCCAAUCUCGACUCCACAGAAUAUUCAUGCCUCUAACACCGGUCAUGGCGCCGACUCCGGACUCACUACUUUGACACCCAAUGUCCCCUCGACUGCUUCAAAUAGCAGUGCAUUUGCAGGAAUAGGUGGUAUGGGUGAUGCGUCUUCCACCCAUUCUCAUAGUGAAAAGUGUUUUGGUGGAAAAUCGGCGAUGAACUUUGGCGGCGCUAAAUUGUGCCAUCACAACCGUAUGGUUUUUGCUAGGACCCUGUAUGGUGGCCAGAAGACUCCGGAGGCACUUUGGCAUCAACAUGAAAACGAAGAAGAAAAAAGGGGACAUCUUAAACCGAGUGUUUAUAACAAUCCAGGGCGUUUCGGUUAUCCAUCUAAAUACCCCAAUACCUACCGUUUUCGGUCUUAUCCAUAUAGGGGCGCUGUUCGUGGCAAUCAAAUUCACCCUCCCCCUGCCAGAAUACCACUUCACAUCGCUUAUCGACACGAUUUUCCUCUAAUUGGGUACGAAGGGCCUGAUAUAUUGAACCAAGAAGAUCCAGGUGAUGAAUGGAAUAGGAAACAUAUUACGCUUCAGCAACAAGAAUUUCGUAAUUGGAAUGAAAAAAUACUAAAUGAACUUAAAAUGAAAGCCCUUAUACAACCUAAAACGGAGUUGCCAAAGACCGGUAUUGCGGUAGGUAGACAGUUGAAGCAGCCUAGACCUCAGAAGAAAAGCUUGCUUUUGCCACAUGCGCCGCAACUCAAUGGUCAGCCUGACUCGGAAUCCAUUCCAGAUUCGUCUCAAUUCGCAGAUGAAGACGUGUAUCCUUCUCGUUUGCCGAAUUUAGAUGUGGACAUACAAAAGCCAUCUACCGAAGGAAAACAAGAUACACAAGUGUUGCGAAAUACUGCACCGCUUCAAAGUGCUGUGAUCGAGCCUCAACUUCCGACCAAGGAGAUUCCCAAUGAGUUACCACACUUAUACUACCCAGGGGAGGGAAUCCAAAACAUCGAUGAGGACGUUGAGGAGAAAUAUGUUCCUAACAAUAGUUUCAAUGUCAUGCCGCACAUUGAUAUUUGCCGUGACCCGUGGCACGUUCCCAAUUCUUCACCUUACACAACGUCAUUAAUUUCUCCACCACCCUCCGACCAUCUGCCAUCACCCACCACCGUCCGCGGGAUACUCUACUGGCUGGUCGGCCUUGUCGCAAUGGAAUAUAUUGGAAUCCUUCAUAGGCAUGUUGAAGACAUAUUUGAAAAUAUUGAUAAGGACGCUGGCCUUCCAUACAAGCCUUCCUAUACCCUGGACAUCAUCAUGUCACAUCCACCGUUGGCCGCUUCCCUUGUCACGCGAACCAUGACGGAGGCGUGCUACUACGCUGCCAGCGUACUCUGUAGGCUUAAGCACAUACAGAUUUCGGAUGUUAUCAAGGACUUUGACUUCAGUUCAGAAUAUCAGAAGUAUCAUUAUUCCUCCGACCCCGACGACCUACUCUGCCAGGUGCGGGAUUAUGUUUACGCUGCUCACCACCAAGUGGCGUUCCUGCGUUUGCAAUGUUAUAGAGAGGAUUUUCAGGGUGGUUGGAAGGAUUUUAAAUAUGGCAGUUAUGUCAACGUUUCCAACUCGAUCCUUCAGGCCUUUCUUACUGACGACUGGAACUCCGCCUGCGACACUUAUUUCUUCAACCCAUGUAACGCGUGCCUCAAGAGCCGUGUCAGGAUGGGAUUCAGUGACGUGGAUUUGCCUAAACAGCAGCAAACUGGGAGUACUCUUUUAGGUAUCCUCUCUCCUAACUGCGACCCGUACGACCCCUUGCUGACGUUGGCCACGUACCUUGUUUGCCUCACUAGACGAACACCUCGCACCACGGCGGAGAUUGUUUCCUUCUUCCACCAUUUCGGGAAUGUGUUGUACGAAUAUGACCCGGAUAUAUUGUCUGACGUUGGCGCCUCCCUACUUGAUCAUCCCGUCGAGUAUUUCUUCUGGGCUCAUCUCGAGGACGCCGAUCUCGAAACCGUCCGAAGCCUCCGGGGUUGCGACCCUAACAACCAGUGCCAUGACCAUUAUAAGACCCUGUCUACACUGAUUGGCUGUGAUAUUUAUCCCAUUCCCUGUCCACAACUUUUAUUGCCCAUCACCUACGCGACCUACGCCCUCUACUCCCCUAACUUCGUCGACACAUAUCUAAGCUGGAUGAUAUACCUACCGGACAGACUCCAUGACUCACUGAAAAGGCUGAGAAGGGAUUUAAGGGAGAGUAAAUGUUCCGGGAUAAAGCCCCUCCAUACGUGUGUCAAUGCCAUGUCCACCCUCUAUUUACACGGUUUUGCGCCACCGUAUGAUUAUUCAAAGCCCCCACCCAAUUGUUCGGAUGUCAUCGUCAAGUUGAGCUCUGUAGUUUCAGGCGGGCCCGUAGCCAAGCUUUUGACUUGUGCGGAUGAUUUUCUUUACCGAGCACGCAAGCCUUUCGUCGUCCUUGUGUUCACGCUGUGGUUUGUCGCGAUAAUCUGCUUCGCUCACACACAGCUUUACCGCCUGGACGUUCUGCGCAUACGAUCUCACAUCAUGCUCUCCAAGGCUUCGCACCUCAUCAAUGUCAAGGCGCUGCUAAGUCUCAGCAAAAAAAUGCCCUCACUGUAUCGCGUCGAUUACUUCGACGACGAAGUCAUUUAG